CUUGAAAUCGUAGCUUGUACUCCCUGGUCGUCCAAAACCGUCUGACAGGGCUCGAGGAGUCAAGGGGUGUAAUAAAGUCGGGCCCCAGUUCUUGGAACAGACCUUCGCCCUCACCUCGCAGAGUCUCGUCCUGCAUGAACUUGCAAUAUUAAGCAUCCAGCUGCAGUUCAAUUCGUCUUCGACCGUCCCAUGGCGCCGCUGCGAAGUAGCCGCAGCAUCAGCUCUCUGCAGGUUCCUCAAAUGCCAGAACAUGCACUUCCCUCCAUGGCUCCCUUCUACUCCUCCGACACCCUCUCCUGCUCGACCACACAUCUCUCGACCAUCCUUUCCUCAUCGACGUCCGAACUCGAAGAUUCCGAGAACAGUGCGGUCCUCUCUCCUCGAACCCUCUACGCCUUGUCCUUCGAUCGACCAGCGAGCGCCCGAAGUCUGCCAUCCGGACGAUUUAGGAAGAAUAUGAAGGAGAUAACUGGAUUCGGGACAACAGAGGAAGACUUCGAAGCUUUGCCGAUUGCUAUUCAACGAAAAUCCAUAAAGUCAAAUAUGCAGAUUGACAGGCGCUGUCGUCUCUUCCGAGCGCAGCCGUCUCUGCCAGCGCGAACUAUUGAGUCUCUUCAGCGGUUCUGUUCGUCGAUUUCUGUGCGACUAGAACUACUAGGUGCAAAGGGCGCAAGUGCGCUAUGGUCGCCCAUGCACAGUCUGCAAAACCGUCACAUACCCCAUCGUACCUGCAGAACUUGCCAAAUUCUUUCCCGUCACUUCUCCUGAGGCAGAUGAGAACUAACAACUUGUGUCUCACAGUACUUUUCAACACUGGAGCGAUUGAGAUUCGCCCAGAACUCACGAUGCAAUGCCCUCAAUGAACUGCCAAUCCAAAAGCACAGGAAGAGCUCGAUAGCAGACCGUCGAGGCAUCAACGUUGCACCUUUCGAACCUCGACGCUCCUCCUCACGAAGAUCUCGGAAACUCGCCCGCAAACAGUCG